UCGCUCCCAGCCACGCAUCAGAUAGCGCGCGUCCAACGAGCGCCACUCCAGCCAUGGCGGUCCACCCGCUGCUCCGCCUUCUCCUCCUCCGGCCACCGCCACCGCCGCCGCCGCCGCCUCCCAACUCACCACCCUUCGCCACCACACGCCGCGCUUCCUCCGCCUCCGCCGCCGCCGCAGCGGCGCUCCUCCUCCUCGCGGCCUCCCCUCGGCCGCGCCCCGCCCGCGCCGACCCCGGCGGCGGAGGCGGCGAGGACAUCGACGAGGCCCGCGUUGUGCGCCUCUUCCAGGAGGCGUCGCCGUCGGUGGUGUUCAUCAAGGACCUCGUCGUCGGGCGGACGCCGGGACGGGGAGGCGGGCAAGCGGUGGAGGCGGAGGACGGCGAGGAGGGGGGCGCCACGGUGGAGGGGACCGGCUCUGGGUUCGUCUGGGACACCGCGGGCCACAUUGUGACAAAUUACCAUGUGGUUGCAAAAUUAGCUGGGGAUGGAUCUGCAUUUCAUCGCUGCAAGGUGUUAUUGGAGGAUUCUAGUGGGAAUAGUUAUUUGAAGGAAGGAAGGCUAGUAGGGUGUGAUCCAUCGUAUGAUCUUGCUGUUCUGAAGGUUGAUGUUGAUGGUGAUAAGUUGAGGCCUGCUCUGAUUGGAACAUCAAAGGGCUUGCGAGUUGGGCAGAGCUGCUUUGCCAUUGGUAACCCUUAUGGAUAUGAGCACACCCUAACUACUGGGGUGGUUAGUGGAUUGGGGAGGGAGAUACCAUCUCCCAAUGGGAGGCCGAUUCGUGGGGCUAUACAGACAGAUGCUGCUAUAAAUUCUGGUAACUCAGGUGGCCCACUAAUUGACUCAUAUGGUCAUGUAAUUGGAGUAAAUACAGCUACAUUCACACGUAAAGGAACUGGGAUCUCCUCCGGGGUAAACUUCGCCAUUCCCAUCGACACUGUUGUACAGUCAGUCCCUAACCUCAUUGUGUAUGGAACAUCUGUGAGCAAUAGGUUUUGAUUCUUCUGUAGUACAUUAUCCGCUAGUAAAUGCAAGGUCUCCCUCUGCCAUGUUGAUUGCUCUGAAAUAUAUAUACUUCUGCUGCUACUCGGAUCAGUGCAUUCAAAAGAACAUCUGCUUAA